UUUUCGGGUUCCUUGCCUUUCUGGCUUCUUCCAUUACACAAACACUUUCUCUUCUUCUCCUUCGGAAAAAUCCAAAAGAUUCUCGAGUCUCUCUCCGAAUCCCUAAAUCAAAGAGCUAUGCAGCAGCAAGACCCGAACUCCAGACCCGCCACUGGGUACCCAUACCCGUAUCCUUACCCGAACCAACAACAACAACAACCCCCCGCAUCCGCCAACGGUUACCCUCCCAACGCCUACCCAUACCAAAACCACAACCCUUACCACGCGCCUCACCCCGAUCCACGCGCCGUCCUGAUCCGCCGCCUCUUCAUCGCCUUGAUGGUCUUCAUCCUCAUCUUCGGCCUCAUCCUCUUCAUCUUCCUCAUCAUCGUCCGCCCCCAGCUCCCAACCGUCUACAUCAACUCCCUCUCCCUCUCCAACUUCAACGUCUCCAACAACCAGCUCGCCGGAAACUGGGACCUCCGCCUCCGGUUCCAGAACCCUAACUCCAAGAUGUCGCUCUACUACGACACCGUCCUCUGCGCCGUGAGGUACGGCGACGACACCCUCUCCGAGACGCGGUUGCAGCCGUUCGAUCAGGGGACGAAGGAUCAGACUCCGAUCAACGCCACGCUCUCCGUCUCCGGGACCUACGUGGAGGGCAGAUUGGCCGAUUCGAUCGGGAAGGAGAGGGCGGAGAAAGGGAGCGUGGAGUUUGAUGUGAGGUUGGCUUCUUUGGUUACUUUUCGGUACGGAGUGUACCGGAGGAGGAGGUACGUCAUGGUUUACUGUGAUGACGUGGCGGUUGGUGUUCCCGGGAAUAGUAGUUCUGGAAAGAUGGUUGGGUCGGAGAAGAGAUGCAAGUCUUAUUGACUAAGUGAGUAUUUGGAAUUAGGGAUUUUUACAAUUUAGGGUUCUUUUUUAACCGGCGAUUAUUGAAUGUAAAUCGUUCGACGAAAUGGUCUUUUCGAUGUGGAUGAAAGAAAUAUUCAUGUUGGAAGAACUAAACAAAAGAAAUUUUCAGAUUAUGUCUUAGUUCUGUUAAUGAUGAUUCUAUGUUUCGUACCUUAUCCUGUAAUAAGGAAUAAGAUUGUGUGGUGGUGCUAUUGAGUUCUUAUUUUGGUGAUUCAUUCUUGGGUUUUAA